AGAACAUUAAGUCAUCCAAUGUGACAGCUGCUUUCUUAUUUAAUGGGGGGUCUCUGGUCAGAAGGAGUCAGAAGUGCUUCCAGGAGAGCAGAAGCAUGACUGAGGAGCUGGGGCUGGGCUUCGAGGAAGCAGCCAGAGUGGAGAUGCCAGAGGCCAGGGCCAGGCAAGCCUCCAGGAACAAAACAUGCUUGGCUCUCAUCUGCUGCCUGUUGUCAUUGCCCAUCCUAGCAGGACUUAGCACCUUCCUGAUGCUUGACCAGCUCCGGGCCCCAGGAAAAGACUGUGCACUGCGGGCUAUAACAGAACAGAUGUCUGAACCUUCAGCACAGCCAGUUUAUACACCUUCCAGAGCCAAACCACGGGCACACCUGACAAUUCUUAAACAAGCUCCAGUACCACAUGUGAAAAACCAGUUCCCAGCCCUGCACUGGGAGCAUGAACUAGGCUUGGCCUUCACCAAGAACCGGAUGAACUACACCAACAAAUUCCUGGUGAUCCCAGAGUCGGGAGACUAUUUCAUUUACUCCCAGAUCACAUUCCGAGGGGUCACAUCCAGGUGUGGUGACACCAGCCAAGGGAAACUACCAAACAGGCCAGACUCCAUCGUCGUGGUUAUCACCAAGGUAACAGACGACUAUCCGGAGCCUGCCCACCUCCUCACAGGGACCAAGACCGUGUGUGAAAUAAGCAAUAACUGGUUUCAGCCCCUUUACCUUGGAGCUAUGUUCUCCCUGGAAGAAGGGGACAGGCUGAUGGUCAAUGUCAGUGAUGUCUCCUUGGUGGAUUACACAAAAGAAGAUAAAACUUUCUUUGGAGCCUUCUUGCUUUAAGGGGAAAACAACCAUAAUCAUG